AAAGGCGGAUGCGCCGCCGCUAGUUUAAUAGGGUGUGCACCAUGAAGAACACGAUGCCUUUUCUCCACCACCUCCUUCCCACUCGUCGCUUCCUUCCCAUUUCGCUCCUCCUGUGUCGUUGACGAAAUCUGGCGUCCAUCCAUCCAUGUGGUUGGCUUUGUUUUCCUUUGACUUGAUCCAACAAAGAAGACGACUUGGGAGCUAGUAUAUUGAGGAAGGACUUGCGCGCGGUCUGCCGGUUACUCCCUUCAUUUGGUCUCCUCCUCCUCGCCAUUUCUCUCGCGCACGUCUGCUUGCUUCUUCUUCCUCCAAUCCUCCUGCUCCUGUCCGUCUCGUCUCGGCUCGGCUAAAUCUGAUCUGGUUCUGGUCGCGCGUCCACAUCCAGUGGGGAUCCUAGAUUUGGAAAGGGAGAUUUGCGCCUGGAAAGCGGCCGAUGUGCCUGUCGGCCUUGUUUCUUUGCCGGGAUUGGUAAUGGGCGUGGAAUAAGUGAUGUGGGUUUGCUUUGCCAUUUUGAUCUUGGGAUUGCCUGUUGGGGAGCAGAGGUAGUUGGCCCGUUACUUGGCAGGAGUGAGUGGUCCUUUUGGUUCUGGGAUCGGGGAAAGGAGCAAGCUCCUGAUCGAUUCUUGCCAUUUCUUGGCGGGGGAUUUGUGGCUUGAGAAGGUAGAGAUGAGGCUGACUGUGCGUGUGAUCGGAGCCCGCAACCUGCGCGCCAUGGAUUUCAACGGCUUCAGCGACCCCUAUGUGAAGUUACAGGUUGGGAAGCAGAGGUUCAAGACCAAGGUGGUCAAGAUGAACCUGAACCCGGAGUGGGAUCAGGAGUUCAGCUGGGUCGUCGCUGAUGUCCGGGAAGUGCUCAAGAUUGACGUCUAUGAUGAAGACAUGAUCGGGACUGACGACUUCCUGGGCCAAGUGACGGUGCCACUGGAGGAUAUUCUGGCUGCGGAGGACCUCUCGCUCGGUACGCGCUGGUACCAGCUUCUUCCCAAGGGCAAGAGUGACAAGGCAGUUGAUUGUGGGGAGAUUUGUGUUGCAAUAUCUCUAGAAACAGGUGGGGCCACACGAUCAUGGUCUGAUACAGCUGAACUAACUGGCAUACAGAAACAAUAUUCAUUGGUAUCAAGUCCGAGCACUGGAUCAUCAGCUGCAUUAGCUUAUCAAGAAAAUGAAGCCCCUAAAGGAGAUAAUGUUAUUGAGUAUUCUGGUGGAGCUCAAAUCCCUGAAGAGGAAAUAUGUAGCCAAGGGACGGAUCAAACAGCCGCGGAGGACAGGUUUAACGUGAUUGGUACUGAAAUUUCUAAUGGAGCAGAAACUCUUAAAACAGAAAAGCUUGAGAGGCCCUCGCUUGUUGAUCGUGUCUGUCAAAUGUUUGUCAAGAAAACUGACGAUCUUUCGUCAACGUCUAUGGCAAAGACUGAGGCGUCGGAAGAGAUUCAACAAAAAUCAGCAGGAGUUGAGGUCCCUGUAAGCCAAACUGAUGAUAUGUCUACAGAAGCUUCAUUUGAUGAACUCUUGAAAUCUUUUGAAUCAAAGCAUGAAGGAGUCGAAAUGCCUGUGAAUUUACAAGGAAUUCUUGUUAACCAGUCAUAUUUUACGUCGCCUGGUGAUUUGAAUAACCUUCUCUUCUCACCAGAUUCAGAUUUUCGGCCAACAUUGAUACAGACUCAGGGUUGUACUGAUUUCAAAACUGAACCCUGGAGAACUGAUAAUAGUGGGGAGUCUCUGAAGAGAGUGGUAACCUAUACAACUGCACCAUCCAAAUUGGUUAAAGCUGUUAAAGCAACAGAGGAACAAUCUUAUUUGAAGGCUGAUGGGAAAGAGUAUUCAGUUUUAAUGAGUGCCAGCACCCCUGAUGUUCCUUGCGGUACUUAUUUUCGGACAGAGAUUCUUUUCCGUAUUAUGCCAGGUCCGGAACUUGAUUCUGAGCAACAGACUUCGCAUUUGGUCAUUUCUUGGCGCAUGAAUUUUCUUCAGAGUACUAUGCUGAAAAGUAUGAUAGAAAAUGGUGCAAGACAAGGCUUGGAGCAAAACUAUGCACAGUUUUCUGAUUUACUGGCAGAGAGGAUCAAGCCUAUUGAUGUAGAAGAUGCUGGGUCAGACAAGGAACAGGUCUUAGCUUCAUUGCAAGGGGGCCAGGAGUCUGAUUUGAAGAUAGCAUUCCUAUACUUCUGCAACUUUGGUGUCUUGUCCUCCCUUUUUGUAGCCCUGUACAUUGUUGUGCACAUUUCACUGGUGAAUUCAGGUGCAGUUCAGGGACUUGAGUUUCCUGGAUUAGAUUUGCCAGAUUCACUCAGCGAGAUUGUCAUGGGUGGGCUAUUGUUUCUUCAGGUGCAACACAUAUUUAAGAAAAUCUUGUGUUUUUUUCAGGCAAGGGAACAAAAAGUUGGUGAUCAUGGCGUGAAAGCAAAAGGCGACGGAUGGUUGUUGACGGUUGCUUUGAUUGAGGGAACCAAGUUGGCACCAGUCGAUGCUACUGGUUUCUCUGAUCCUUACGUGGUAUUUACUUGCAAUGGUAAAACAAAAACAAGUUCAAUCAAGUUCCAAACACUUGAACCUCAGUGGAACGACAUCUUCGAGUUUGAUGCCAUGGAUGAUCCUCCAUCAGUGAUGAAUGUACAUGUGUACGAUUUUGAUGGUCCAUUUGAUGAAGUUACCUCCCUUGGACAUGCUGAAAUCAACUUCGUCAAAUCAAACCUGUCAGAGCUAGCCGAUGUAUGGAUUCCUCUUGAAGGUAACUUGGCUAAGUCCAGGCAGUCUAAGUUACACCUCAGAAUAUUUUUGAACAACUCUAAGGGCACUGGUAUGGUCUCCGAUUUUCUGAGCAAAAUGGAGAAAGAAGUUGGUAAGAAGAUGCCAUUGCGGUCUCCCCGAAGUAAUACUGCAUUCCAGGAGCUAUUCUCUCUGCCAGCUGAAGAAUUUCUCAUCAGCAGUUUCACUUGCUACUUGAAGCGAAAAUUGCCUACACAGGGCCAUCUUUUCUUAUCUCCAAGAAUUAUUGGAUUUUAUUCAAGCAUGUUUGGCCGAAAAACAAAGUUCUUCUUUCUAUGGGAGGAUAUUGAAGACAUACAGGCAAUUCCUCCAUCACUAGCGUCGUGGAGUCCAUCCCUUGCAAUAACUCUUCACAAAGGUAGAGGGAUGGAUGCAAAGCAUGGUGCAAAGAGCAUUGAGAGUGGAAAGCUGAAGUUUUCUCUGCAGUCUUUUGCAUCAUUUAGUGUGGCCAAUAGGACGAUAAUGGCUUUAUGGAAAGCAAGAUCUUUGAGCUCCGAGUCCAAAGUACAGAUUGCUGAGGAGCAAUCCCAAGAUAAAACUCUUGAGAGCGAAGACAGUGGAAUUUUUCUUGGUGUUGAGGACUCCAAGAGCCUUCAGAUGAGCGAAGUUUUUUCCUCAACCAUAUCUGCUAAUAUGAACUCACUUAUGGAGUUGUUUGAAGGAGGUUCGUUGGAGAUGAAAGUCAUGGAGAAAGUUGGCUGCCUUAAAUACUCCGCUACACAAUGGGAAUCAGAUAAACCCGAUGAAUCUCAAAGACAAAUUCAUUACAAGUUCAGCAGGAGGUUGUCUCCUGUUGGAGGAGAAGUGACUGGUACCCAACUGAAAUCUCCUAUGCCCAAUAAGAAAGGGUGGAUUAUAGAAGAGAUCAUGGAACUUCAAGGGGUCCUCCUUGGUGACUUCUUCACGCUUCAUAUAAAAUAUCAGAUCGAAGACCUUGCUCCUAAACAAAAGGCGUGCAGCGUCCAGGUCUAUCUUGGAAUCGAAUGGUCAAAGAGCACCAGGCACCAGAAGAGAAUCGAGAAGAACGUUCUCUCAAGCUCAUCUGCUCGCCUAAAGGAGAUGUUCAGCCUUGCAUCGAAGCAGCUCCCGCAAGCCCGAUAGGACCAUUCAUCCGUGACAAACCCCUGUGCAUAAUACUGAAUGACCGGACAUACUCUGACCGCCGGUAAUGAUCUUCUGUACAUACAUUGCUUGACUGAAGAUACACGCCGGACGGGCGACUGAUUCAUUCUUUAGACCAUUUUAGAGGCGAGCUUUGCAAAUCCAACCCAUUUGCAGCAGCCGAGCCAUUGUGGCUGAACUCAGGACUCCAAUCCAUUUGUUAUGUUGCGCUGUGUCUGACAAAAUGUAUCACAGAUAACAGCAAUUAGACCAAACCAUGAUACCGGCCUCUGUAUGGGGUGAUGAACUACAGUGACACCAGGAGGACCUACAGCUUGUUUCUGUGUAGACUAGUGUGUGUGUGUGUGUGUGUGUUUCUACAUGGACAUACAUAGGAUUGCAGUACUGUGUUCUGCGUAUCUUUUUUGUACAUGGAAUUGAACCAUUUGAAACCUUUGCUUCAAAGAUCACGUGUUGAACUGCACGGAAGCAGAAAUAAGUGAUCCAAUAAAGUUGUGAAGUUCAGAGAC